AUGACGGGGCUGUGCGCUCUCUGUCUGUCGGUGCUGCUUGCAGCUUUCGUCAGGUUGACGGAGUGCGUAGGUCCGGUGGUUCGCUGCGAACCGUGUGACGCUGGGGCGCUGGUGCAGUGUAAGCCUCUGCCCCAUGACUGCACGGAGCGGGUGCGGGAGCCGGGCUGCGGCUGCUGCCUGACGUGCGCGCUUAGUGAAGGCCAGGCCUGUGGAGUGUACACGGGCCGUUGCGGGGCCGGGAUGAGCUGUCAGCAGCGACCCGGGGAGAGCAAGCCCCUGCAGGCACUACUGGAAGGACGGGGCGUAUGCUCAAGCGCACCAGCCAAAAAGCUCAGCACCCUUCUUGUGCCCGCCAGGAGACACGAUAACCCAGAGGAAACCGAAGAGGAGAAUCUGACGAAUGCAACCACGACAACGGUCGCCGGGGGUGAUGAGGGAAUUCAAAGUAUGGCAACUGUGGCUGGAGGCUUUGAUGAGGGCCAGCGGACAGUUUUGGACCCCAAAGCCCCCCCUUUGCACACCAAACUAGGGGUGAUCCAAAAAGACCUAACAAAGAAAACUCAGAGCUAUAAAGUAGAGUCGGUGUCUGUUGGCCUCCACACCGAGGUGCAUAACUUCAGCUUAGAGUCUAAGAGGGAGACGGAGUAUGGUCCGUGUAGGAGAGAGAUAGAGAGUCUUUUGAAGAGCCUAAAGAUCUCCAGCGUGCUCAAUCCCCGAGGCUUCCGCAUUCCCAACUGUGACAGGAAAGGCUUCUACAAGAAGAAACAGUGUCGCCCAUCCAAAGGAAGGAGGAGAGGUUACUGCUGGUGUGUGGACAAGUAUGGACAGCCCCUGCCCAGCUAUGAUGGCAAAGAGCAAGGCCAAGUUCACUGCUAUAACCUAGAAAAAAAGUGAGCGAAGAG